CUACCAUUGCCCCUUUCGUUGCCCACAGCUUACCGCCUUGCCCGCCUUCGCCCAGCCCACGAUGAUCUGCUGAGCUGCGGACAAUGACGACAAUGGAAGAACAAGCAGCGACCGUGCCGCCAGUGCCGCCGGCUCUGCUGGACGUCAUCGGCGAGCGCGAACACAUCAAGUUCAUCCUCCCCCUUUCGGACCAAGCACCCUCACAGCAUGCUGCACACCCAGAGCAGAGCACAUCCCAAGCCUCGUCCUCCAAAGCGCCAGCAGAGGACGAAAUGCUAGUGCUCGUAUCCAACGUAGACAAUGCAGACGACGCUGAGCUCAGCGCGUUGCUUCUGCUGGAUACAAAGCAGUGGAAUACACUUGCGGUGGUGCCUGUCUUACCUGGCUUACUCGAGGUGCAGAGCCGCCAGCCCAAGCACGUACAACUUGUCCUGAAGGCAUCGGGGCAGAAGAUGAAGGGUCAGGAGAGGGAGCUUUUGCAAGGAUGGUCAUCGCAGGACGUCCUGAUCCAGGACUUCCGCCUCAUCUUGUCACAGAUCAGCUCAAGCACAUCUUCGCAGCUCAGCCAGACGAGAUGGAUGUGGCUCAAGAAGUAUACCACCCAGGAACAAUUUGCCAGUAUUAGGAAGUUGCUUGCGACACAGAGGGAGAGCACCAAGAGCCCCGUAUGGGCAAAGUUCUCAACAUCGUCCUCAACUUCGUCAGCGUCAGCAGGAGGCCAGCUGCCUGCCUCAUCCGCCAUGUCCACUUCUGCCUCAGGCGGGAUUCGGAUUGCUGCAUUCACAUACAAUGUAGCCGGGUGUGCCCCGCCGCCGCCCUCAACCCCAUUGCCUUUCUUGACGGAUUCAGCUCUGCAACAUGCGGACCUUGCCAUCGUCGGUCUCCAGGAAGUCGACACUUCUUCCGCUGCCUAUCUCUUCUUCGACCCGCAGAAGCAGGAAGCCUGGACCCAUGUCCUGCUCGAGGGUCUCAAUCAGGGAAGGCACGACGAGUACGAAUGGAAUCUUCAAGUCGUGAAGCAACAUGUCACCAUCCUUCUCUUUGUCUUUCAGCGCAUACUGCGGCAGGACGAAGCAACAGUGUUGAAUGAGCGUUCUUCCGUAGCAGGAAGUAUUCAGCUCAGCGAGCUGCUCGUAACUACGGUAGGCGUUGGCCUGGGCGGCUUCAUGGCCAACAAGGGCGCCGUAGCGGCUCGCUUCCGAGUAACACUGCCUACAGGGGUCUCGAAGACCAUCUGCAUUAUCGCUGCGCACCUCUCUGCAGGCGUGGGAAGGAUCGCCAUGGAGAGGAGGGUGUGGGACUGGGCAGAGGUGGGAAAGCGCUUGCGGUUCAAGGUUGCGCUGAGCGACUCAGCGACAGCGACUCUGGAGGAAGCGGAGCGUUACGAGGAGUGGGGUGUCUUAGACCACGACACAACAAUUCUGCUUGGUGACCUCAACUCCCGUCUUCCCCUCUCCCUCUCUUCUGCCUCUGUUCAACGUCUUAUCCGCAAAGGUGGCACCGGCCGUCGUCUAUUGCGCUCCUACGACGAGCUCUCCGGCCACUUAGCCAUCGCCAAUGAGGACGGUUCUACACCUCUUACUAGCCCUACCGGUGAGAAGACCGACUUGGCCUCUCUUGCAAGCGAAGAGGUCAACCUACUCAUCCGGGAGCUCUGGCGGGGCUGGAGGGAGGGAGACGUCAGCGAAUUUGUGCCUACGUACAAACUUGACCCUGGUACCAACACGUAUGAUACCUCUGAGAAGCAGAGAGUCCCUUCGUGGACGGAUCGGGUCCUCUGGUUUGAGGGGGGCCAAGGGAAGCAGAGGAUCGGAUUGGAGAUGUAUAAUGCGGUACUGGAGGGCGGAGGUGUAGCCAGCGAUCACCUACCUGUUUGUGCUGUUCUGCGGAUACCGAUGGACUGACGUCGAGCCGAAUAGCUGUAUCAUUAGCCUUAGCAUUGCUGUCAUCUGUUUAUUUGCUCUUUGCACAGGAAUGGUAUCUUGUCUGCCU